AUGAAUAAAACAGAAAAUCAAACAGCCAAUCCUGUUGAUUGUUCCGCAGUCUGUAAUCCUGCGUGUACAUACAAGUGGACAGGUGUGAGUACAAUUAAUUCAGGAAGACUAGAUUCGGGAAUGCUGAAACGUGAUGAGAGAGGGACCUACUCAUGUACUGCUAGAAACUCAAUCAAAUCAACCUCAAGAAACCUCAAUGUUAUUGUUAACUAUCCACCAAGCAUUGAGUUAUUCCAGGCCAGUGGUCAAAACUCAGAAUACUUGCCCUUUUCACUAAUAUGUAAUGUAGACAGUUAUUUCUUGUCCGCCAUAAAGAUUCAGAAUGUAGAGACAGGGGAGGUAAUAGCAACCAGCAGUGGACAGGAUUCAUUGGUUUUCUCAGAGACAUCUGCAGAGUGUUACCAAACUGCAAACUACACGUGUAUUGCCAAGAAUUAUUUUACUGCGAUAUUAUCUCCAAAGCAAAGGAUUUCCAUUACUUGUAAGCCACGGACUUCAGAUGGCAAAGCAAGAAUGAAUAUUGGAAUAAAAACAAAUGAAGGAUUGAAUGUAUCAACAGAUUUCAUUGGAUACCCUCUACCCAAAGUAUCAUGGACAUUUAAAAGAAAUUCAACUAACAAUGGAAUUCUUAUCCCUAAUGCAAAUAUAACAGUUUUACAACUAAAUGUAUCAACUGUUCGUACAGCGUAUGUCAAAAGUGCUUUGACAGAAGAGGAGUUUGGAAAUUAUAUAGUUACAAGACACAACAGUGCAGGAUCCAAUGAAUUUAUUUUUGAUGUGAUGCCAGAAAGAAAGCCAGAUCCUCCACAUAGUAUAUCAGUGAAUUGUAAGCUUGCUCCAGGAACUGCAGUGGUAAGAUGGUCACCAAGUUUUAAUGGUGGGGCACCACAACAAUUCAUUGUGUCCUAUGAAUCUGCUCGAGGUCAUCAAAUUAAUUCAUCAGUCUUUUCAAAUCCAAAUGGAACAAUUGAAGGUUUACAAGGUGGAAUGCAAUAUUCCUUUCAAAUCAUUGCAUUUAAUGACAACGGAGAAACAUAUUCUGAAGAAGAGGAAGAGUGCAUAACACAAGGUUUGCCAGGAACAGACAGUCAUCAAACAGAGGUAGAUGUCGGAAGUGUUAUCGGGGCUGUUAUUGGAUGUGCUGCUCUUCUCAUCGUUAUCCUUGUACUUGUCAUCUAUCUUAGGAAGCGUUAUACCUGCAUCAUAAUAAAAUUAGAGAAAAAUAACAUGUAA